ACGGAAACGCAAUUGCUUCUGUCACAACAAACUCGUGCCUUCCUUGUUCGCCAGCAGGAGCAGAAAAAUUUACAAUGCUUGAGCGGUAAUGAGAAAUACUUGGUGCUUUUAUCAGAAAUAACCGCUAUCCCUGUCUUCCUGAGUAACCUUGAGCAUUGAUAAAUAGCGGAAAAGAACUUGGCAAUUUCCCACAGUUCGCACUGGCCUAAUGGCCUCGUCACGGAAGGAUGUGGUCUGCUACCUGGAUGGAGUACAAGUGAAGGUUUCAGAAAAGUUCAGGCCACCACGCAGGAUAGUGCUUCCAAUGGGGCUCACUAGGAACUUCUACCCUCAGACACUGCAUGAAAACUAUGACUUUGAUCUUGAGCAGAAAACGAUUGAGUUUGCCGAACGCUACCGCCAAGAACAGGAGUCCAAGCGGCAAGCUCGAGCAGACCGUGUGGCAGCAGACAUUCAGCAUUUCACUCAGUUGACGACACAAGACCGACCUAGUGUGGGCGAUGUGAGCCCUAGUUCAACAAAUUGUGUGCCUGCUGCAGUUGUCACUGCUGCGGCAGUUACAUCUGCUAGCAUUCUGCAGCCUGCACUCGCUCCAGAGAUGUCUGGUACUGCUGCACCUCAGUCCACAACACAGAAGUCAUUCAGCUUGGCAGAAUUCGAGAAUGACAGUUCAAGUCCCUUUGAUUAUGUUGAGCUUCAGACAAUCAAUGAGUUGGAAGAGCUCAGUUCAGUCUUUCAGGGCAUGACAGCGCAGUCACCACAAGCUACCGCUGCAGAACCAGAGUAUCCUGCUAGUGGACCAACGUGGCCAGACCCACAGGCCACUGAGACGCCGGUUGUGAAGAAAGGCAGCACCAGUGCUCCCUUGCAUUUCUCAAGGAGUGCUUCAGAUGUCUGCACCUCUGGCUCUGGUGACAAGAGUGUCAGCCAACGUACCAUCACCCCACCUCCAGAGCAUACACCUCAGAAUGAACCAACACAAGAGGAAACAGCCCAGCCACAGCAUGAUCAAGCAGCAGCCAAAGAGACUCCAGCAGAGGCUCUCUCUCCUCUUUUACGCUCCCUAAUGGAUAUGGGCUUCGACAAGCAUAGGGCUCAGCGAGCCCUGCAGUCCCAAGGGAACACAGACGACAAAAAGGUUGUCGAGCACUUGUGUCAAGUGCAGUCACUUGUUGAUGCUGGAUUCAGUGACGUGGAUGCUGAGGAAGCCUUGCAAGUCUGCACAGGAAACUACGAACAGGCACUGGAGUUCUUACAACUCGAACAACAGUUCCUGGCUCUUGGAUUCAAGAAAGACUCCAUUGUUAAGGCCCUUCUUGAAGCCCAAAAUGACCGGGACAAAGCACUGGACUUGCUCUUAGGAUGAUUUUUGUUAUCUCUUUAUUAUUCAUAUUGCCAAAUUUAUUUUAUUAAUAAAAUAAUUAUGCUGCA